AACUAAAAGUAAAUAAACACGCAACUGUUUUUCCACAGGAGCCAUGCUGACAAACAACAACGAGCUGAGGAUCGUGAUGGUCGGGAAGACCGGGAUUGGGAAGAGCGCCACCGGAAACACCAUUCUGGGUCGAGACUGCUUCGAGUCCAAGUGCAGCCCCAGGUCCCUAACUGUGGACUGCGCUAAAGGCCGGGCAGAGGUGGAGGGACAGAAGGUGUCCGUCAUCGACACUCCGGGUCUGUUUGACACCCGGUUUGGUGAGCAGAAAACAACCAAAGAUCUGGGCCAGUGCAUCAACUACGCUGCUCCUGGACCACACGUCUUCCUGUUGAUCAUCUCACUGAGCAGGUUCACUGCAGAGGAGAAGCAGACGGUGCAGAAGAUUCAAGAAGUCUUCGGUGAUGCUGCAAACGGAUACAGCAUGGUCCUCUUUACUCACGGAGACAACCUGCAAGGCACCACUAUUGAAAGGUUCUUGUCUGAAAGUCCAGACCUGCAGGAGCUCGUGGCCAGAUGCAACGGUCAGUACCACGUGUUCAACAACAGGCUGGAGGAUAAGAAGCCUCAGGUCAUCGAGCUCCUGCAGAAGAUCAGAGACAUUGUCCAGAAGAACGGGGGAAGCCACUACACCAACGAGAUGUUCCAGGAAGCUGAGAGGCUGAUAGAAGAGGAGAAACAGCGCAUCCUGAAGGAGAAGGAGGAGAAGAUACGCAAAGAGAGGGAAGAAAUGGAGCGAAAACUACAGGAGAAGUACGAGAAAGAAAUGCAGAAAAUGACAGAAAUGAUCCACGCCGAGAGAGAGAGGGAGAGGAAGGAGAGGGAGGAGGAGAUGAAGAGGGAGAGGGAGGAGAUGAAUGAGGAGAAGAGGCGGGAGUUGAGGAGGAUGCAGGAGGAGAGGGAGAGAGAAAGGGAGGAGAGAAAGAGGGAGUCGACGGAGAUGAUGGACGAGUUAAAGAAGCAGCACGAGAGCGAAAUCAGAGAACAGAGACAACGGAUGGAGGCCGAGUACGACGCUGCCGCCCGGAACCAAGCCGAGGACUCGGGUCCGUUCAAGUGGCUGGGCGACAUCGCCAACUUUGUUCUGAACGGCAUCGGGACUGCGUUCGCAUCCAAGCUCAUGAAGAAGUUCUGA